GGGGGGACCGGGCGGCCGGUAGCUGGGGCUGAGGUUACGUGGCCGCCGGAGCCCUGACGUGAUAGCACAUUGCAUCAGCAUAAAACAAUCCAUCCUCGAUAUGGAGUGCGGUGCGGACGGAUGACAGCGAGAGCGCAGCCCCCUCGCCCGAUUGAUUUAUGUCGGAGCUGACGCUUUAUCAGGCAGUCGGAAAAACUUUGACCAAUCAUUUUGCAAGGAGAGCUGAGACGGGCUGCUCCACUGUACUUUGUUGGCUGAGAAGUUGAGCAGGGGGUGGGGGUGGGAGGGUGGGGGGCUGGGGGGGUCGCGUCCGAAAGCCCUCACACCGGUCCGGGUGCCACCUCUCCCUGCUUGGGCGCCGCCGCGCGAGCGCUUCCCUUCCCCCUGCAAGCGCCCGGAUAAUGUCUGAGAAUGUCCAUUUCUGGGACGCUUAGCAGCUAUUAUGUCGACUCGAUCAUAAGUCACGAGAGUGAGGACGCGCCUCCAGCCAAGUUUCCUUCUGGCCAGUACGCGAGCCCGCGGCAGCCGGGCCACGCGGAGCACCUGGAGUUCCCCUCGUGCAGCUUCCAGCCCAAAGCGCCGGUGUUCGGCGCCUCCUGGGCGCCGCUGAGCCCGCACGCGUCCGGGAGCCUGCCGUCCGUCUACCACCCUUACAUCCAGCCCCAGGGCGUCCCGCCGGCCGAGAGCAGGUACCUCCGCACCUGGCUGGAGCCGGCGCCGCGCGGCGAAGCGGCCCCGGGGCAGGGCCAGGCGGCAGUGAAGGCGGAGCCGCUGCUGGGCGCGCCUGGGGAGCUGCUCAAACAGGGCACGCCCGAGUACAGUUUGGAAACUUCGGCGGGCAGGGAGGCCGUGCUGUCUAAUCAAAGACCCGGCUACGGGGACAAUAAAAUUUGCGAAGGAAGCGAGGACAAAGAGAGGCCGGAUCAAACCAACCCCUCCGCCAACUGGCUGCACGCUCGCUCUUCCCGGAAAAAGCGCUGUCCCUACACCAAAUACCAGACGCUGGAGCUAGAGAAGGAGUUUCUGUUCAAUAUGUACCUCACCAGGGACCGUAGGCACGAAGUGGCCAGACUCCUCAAUCUGAGUGAGAGACAAGUCAAAAUCUGGUUUCAGAACCGGCGGAUGAAAAUGAAGAAAAUGAAUAAGGAGCAGGGCAAAGAGUAAAGAUUAAAGAUUACCCCCAGUCCUCCCUAGCUCUUCCCCAUCUCACUCUUAUUUAUGUGACGACUGCAAAGCCAGCGCUGUCUGGGAUGUAUUCAAGUGAAUGGGGAAGGGAGUCUCUCUUCCAAGUCCUUUAUCUGCACCUAGAACCUCCCUCCUUUCCUUUGCCCUUACCUGUCUCUCUCUUCUCUCUAGGUGUCAGGAGAAAGUUUUGUUGAUUUAGAAGAUAGAAACAGUUUGUUCCUAAGAAUGUGAUGGGCCACAAGGAAAGAGAGACCCCAGUCAAGCUCCUAGUAUGCCCUAUAAUUUUUCUGGGAAGUCCUAGCCCCUCACUUCCAGCUUGCCUGUUUCUUCUCUACACCCGCCCAAAAGUCACCCAGGGACACUCCAACUCUACACAGCUCAGCAGACAUCCACACACAGUAAUGGGGUGAGCUCACAACCACCAUUCAGUCAAGUGAGGUGACACUCCAGUUGCAGACCAUCGCACACCAAAUUUGGCAAAACAGCCCUCAGACUGUCAGGCAAGCCCGGGUUCUACCCCUAAUGCAAAUACCCACCAGGGAGAUGUCUAGAGGCAGACUCCUGAGUGAGGUGUUGCAGCCCAAAGGCUGCAGCAUUGCCAUACCAUCCCCAUGGAGUUGCCAACUAUUCUCAGGCCAAGGGCCAUGGGGAAGAUGGAGCAAACCUAGCCCCCAAGCCGGUGGGCUAGAAAGUACAAGAAAAGGCAGCACGUGGUUUUAUGAAGGUAUCUUAGGUGGAGCUACUCCCCACCUCCCACCAACAUAUACAUUUUGUUGCAGGAAAUGUUUAAUUCCGCAUGAUGUUUCCCUCUCCUUCCAACAAAAGAAGGUCAAACUGUGGGUCGUAGAGCCUUGACAAUGUUGUCCUCCUGUUCAUCUGUGCACCACUUGACAGACUGUAGCUUCUCUUGCUCUCGACCGGCCCUGCAUUCUUCCGCACCCUCCCUAGCUCUGAAAUCAACUCUCUUCGGUCGUAUCCACCUUGCACCCGCAAGUCAAGCCGCCCCUUGUAGAAAAAUCCCUCCACCUUCCAUUCCCCGCUAGGUCAACCCCACUGUAGACAGGAAAGCCAGGCCAGGAGAGUCCGAAUGAGAAUUUAUUGUGAAUCGAUUCCCAAGCUCCCGUCUGGGACAGGGAGGAGCAACGGCCCCAGCGCGCAACGCUCUGCGCGUUCCUCCGAAUCCCGUCGGCUUCUCGACCCACGCAGAGGAGCCCCGGGCUUGGCGGCUCUAGCCCCAGCGCCAAAGGAGACCCGCCCCAGGGCCGGGCUUUGCCUCCUGCUUCAUGGGCCUGGAUGCAGAUCUGCGCGGCUGGUGCGUGCGCGCGCUUCUGGGAAACAGUCCCGCGUGCAAAGGAAAGGAGCAAAAUCGCACCUAAGCAUCAGAUGGAAGCUUACUCUCUGCCUCCGUUCCUCCCCCUGCUCCCCUACUUCUCAGUCCCCUUCAAUUUGUAGACUCUUGCUCCUGCUUCUCCUGAUCCUGCAAGGGGACAUUCCAGUAGAAGUUUUUUGCUUUGUCGGUGGCUGUCGUGAAAUUGUGCUUGUGUUUCGUGAUUUCUUUGGGGGUGAUUGUCUCGCUUGUUUUCAGUUGUCGAUUAUAUGGGAGGGUUCUGGGUGGGAGUGGGGAGGGCGAGGGGCCUAGAGCUCUAAUUGUUUGUUUUGGAAGAAAAAAAGAAAAAGAACAAAAAAUAUAUAUCACUCUAGAAAAUAAA